AUGGCACAGACAAACGGAAGCGUGCCGGUGAAAGUAGGAAUCGUACUUGAUCUUUCUUCUCCAGCAGCAAAGAUGGGGUUGAGCUGUAUCAAUAUGUCCCUCUCUGACUUUUACGCCUCUCACCCUCAUUAUAAAACCAGGCUCGUCUUCUUCGUCAGGGACUCCCACUCGGACGUUGUUUCUGCAGCUUCUCAAGGUCUGGAUCUCAUAAAAUCAGAGAAAGUGCAGGCCAUAAUAGGCCCAUUGACGUCAAUGCAAGCCAGCUUUUUGAUCAGUCUUGGAGACAAAGCUCGUGUUCCCAUCAUAACUUUCUCAGCAACAAGUCCUUCUCUCGCUUCCCUCCCAAGUGCAUAUUUUUUUCGAAUUGCGCAGACUGAUUCAGCCCAGAUGAGCGCCAUUGGUGCAAUCGCACAGGCUUUUGGGUGGAAAGAAGCAGUGCCAAUUUACGUAGACAACGAGUAUGGGAAGGGGGUCAUACCCUUCUUGACUAAUGCUCUUCAACAAGUGUAUGUUCGAAUCCUAUAUCAGAGUUCUAUUUCAGCUUCAGCCACUGAUGAAGAUAUCAGAGCAGAGCUCUACAAGUUGAUGACAAUGCAAACCAGAGUGUUUGUUGUGCACAUGAACCCCAAUCCGGGCGUGAGACUCUUCAACAUUGCAAGACAGAUUGGAAUGAUGAGCAAGGGAUACGUUUGGAUAGUGACAGAUGGUUUGGCUAAUGGAUUAAGCUCUUUGAAUUCCUCAGUCAUAGAAUCAAUGGAAGGAGUGCUGGGCGUGAGGACCUAUAUUCCCAAAACAGAGCGGUUGGAUGACUUCAAAUUUCGAUGGAAAAGAAGAUUCCUACAAGACAAUCCCACCCUUGUUGAUACUCAUUUGAAUGUUUUUGGAGUAUGGGCUUACGAUGCUGCCACAGCGUUAGCUAUGGCUAUUGAGAAGGUUGCCACCAACAAUCUUGGGUUUGCUGCGAGCAAUGGUUCGUCCAGUUCAACUGAUUUGGAAAGGAUUGGAGUUUCAAAAAGUGGUGAACAGCUGCGUGAAGCCUUAUCAAACACUACAUUCACAGGCCUCAGCGGAGAAUUCAGCAUUGUUAAGAGGCAACUGCAAGCUUCAAUGUUUGAGAUAUUGAACGUGAUUGGGAUUGGAGGAAGAACGAUUGGGUUUUGGACACCACAAAACGGAAUAGUCAGAAAUCUAGACUCAACUAACACCAAAAUAUAUUCUACAUCAAGUGAGAAUCUGGGUUCGAUUAUAUGGCCAGGGGACACGAACUCUGUUCCAAAGGGAUGGCAAAUCCCCACAAAUGCAAGGAAAUUAAGGAUAGGGGUGCCGGUGAAAAAUGGUUAUCCUGAAUUCGUGGAUGUAUCUCAUGACCCCAUCACUAAUACAACAAAGGUCACCGGAUUUUGCAUUGAUGUGUUCAAAGCAAUGCUGGAAGUUCUCCCUUAUGCCUUACCCUAUGAAUUUAUCCCUUUUGUCAAACCCAAUGGCGAGAGUGCAGGAUCAUAUAAUGAGCUGAUCAGCCAAGUUUAUUUUGGGAAAUUUGAUGCCGUGGUUGGGGAUGUAACAAUUAUAGCUAACAGGUCAGAGUAUGUGGAUUUCACUUUGCCGUACACUGAAUCUGGUGUCACAAUGGUGGUUCCAGUAAAAGACAAAAGGAAGAAGAAUGCAUGGGCCUUCUUAAAGCCACUGACUUGGGAUCUCUGGGUAACAAUAGCUUGUUCUUUUGUAUUCGUUGGGUUUGUUGUGUGGGUGCUUGAACACCGAAUAAACGGGCAUUUCAGAGGGCCCCCAUUGCACCAGAUUGGAACAUGCUUGUGGUUUUCAUUCUCGACCAUGGUUUUUGCCCAUCGAGAAAAAGUGGUGAGCAACUUGAGCAGAUUUGUGGUGAUUAUAUGGGUUUUUGUGGUUCUAAUUCUGGUUCAAAGCUACACUGCUAGUCUGACGGCACUUUUGACGGUUGAGCAGCUCAACCCAACUGUAACUGACGUUAAUUUACUCAUAAAGAAGAGAAUGAAUGUUGGUUACAAGAAAGGCUCGUUUAUGCGGGAAAUCUUGAAGGAAAUGGGUUUCCUCGAUUACCAACUUCAAACCUAUAAAUCCACAGAGGAAUGCAACGAACUCUUUGCAAGAGGAAGUGCAAAUGGUGGCAUUGCAGCGGCAUUUGAUGAAGUUCCAUACGUGGUGAAAGUCUUUCUUCAAAGUUACUGUUCUAAGUAUGCCAUGGUCGAGCCAACUUUUAAGACUGGCGGCUUUGGAUUUGUGUUGCCUAAAGGUUCUCCUCUCGUGGCUGACAUUUCAAGGGCAGUCCUGAACGUAACACAAGGAGAUAAAAUGAAGGUCAUAGAGAAUGCGUGGUUCAGAAAAAACAACUGUCCAGAUUCUGAUACCCCAAUUUCAUCAAACAGUCUUGGACUCGAAAGCUUCUGGGGACUAUUUCUUAUUGUAGGGGUUUCUUCUGCUGUGGCUCUAAUUUUCUUCGCCGUUAACUUCCUACAUCAGCAGAAGCAAAUCUGGUUAUGUAAUGAUCCCAGUACCUCAAAGUGGAGACGAAUUGGGAAGUUGAUAAAGAAGUUUGAUCAGAGGGACCUGAGUUCUCACACCUUCAGAAAAAAAGAAAUGCAGAGUAGGAGUGAAAAUUAUAGCACACAUGAUAUACCUGAGGUUGAGGCAUCUCCACCUACAGACUGCCCCCCAAGUCCGUCUAGUCAAUCUGAAUCAGAAUCAAGUUUCUCAUUUUAUAGUGAGGCUAGCCCAAAUAGGCCUCUGCCACAAGACACGUAAAUAAUCAUAGGGGACGCCGUACAUAAUAUAGUGUUUGUUAGCGUGUACAUUAGUAAGUUUUAGUACGAGACGUGUAUAAAUCAAAUCAACAUACACGACACUACCUUUUCCAUCCUAAAUAUGGAUUUAUUAUGAUCUGUAAA